AAAACCACACCCAGGAAGGAGCAGAGCAGCAGCCGCUAGACGACAGUGGCAGAGCAUUCAGUGUCUCCCCGGCCCCUGCUCCACUAUCACCCACUGAACCACCACUGCCAUCAACUCCACGCCACACCACACUGCCUUAGGCUACCGCUCUUACGUCUUUGUGCAACUGUACUUGGUGGCCUACGGAGACUUACAUGGUGUAGAGCGGUGGUAAAAGCCUUGUAGCAAUACCACUGCCCCGGGGACCUUCCCAGGUCGACCCGACCGACCCUCCCAUCCCUUCCAUACUUCUGAAGGUCAACCCACAACGCAAAGAUGCUCAUCGGGCUUGUCAGGGAUUCCUUCCUUCGCUGCUUCUGUCAGACCUGCUCAGUCAACUCUGCACUUCCAGGCCGGUAUCAUAAGAAGCCCAUCAAGAAGGGCCAGAAGAAACCAAAGUGCAAACAGCCCAAGAAGUGCAGGAAAUAUGUUGCCACAGAGAUCAGGUGUGAGGAAAAGUCUCGUGGUGGUAUGUGUUAUGAGGUUAUCCUUGCCGAGCCAUCUGCUGAUAAGCCAACAACCACAGCAGUCUCCCCAAGACCCAAGAGUAUGACUGCUGAAGAGAUUGCCCAGAAGUUGUUGCAAGCUGAAGAACGCAGGAAGUCAGUGGAGGCCUCCCGCCUAGCUAGUGUUGGAGAACGCAUGACCCGUCUGGAAGAAGCCAGUCGCAAGAGAGAAGAGUCUACUGCUGCUUUCAUUGCUGCAACUCAAACUGCCCUAGAAGACAAGCUCGACACUACCUCCAGUAACCGUGAGGCGUACCUCAAUGGUCUGCGUGCAAAGAUAUCUGACCAUCUUAACAAUGUGGAUAGUGUGCGUAAGCAGUUAGAAAUUCAGACAAAUGAGCUGCGCCAAACUAUUGAAGACAAGCUGCGCUCUGCUGAAGAAAAUAGAAAUGAGAACAUGGGAAAGAUGUUGGAGAAGCUGAAAGAUCAUGAGGAAUAUGCCCAGAAGGUUCGCCUAGGUCAUGAGGAGGCUAUUAGACAGCUAGAGGAGAGGAUUCAGGCUAAACUGGUGGUUGCAGAAGCAAAACGAGAGACAGAGAUCAUGAAGAAGCUAGAAACCCUUCGUGAACACUCUAAUAAAAUUAGUGAAGCCCAAGAGCUUGUAUCUAAGAAAAAGGAAGAAGUUCUGAAGCAGAGAGAGCAAGACAUUGCUGCCAAAGAAGAGAGAUUGAGGAAAAUUUCCGAGGAGAAAGAGGCAAAAAGGCAAGAAAUAACAAAGACAAUUUCAGUAAAAUUAGAACAAGCUCAAGAAAACCGUACUAAGGAAGAGGAAGAGCUAAAAAAGAAGACUGCGGAAAAGUUGGAGCAGAAAUUGGAGAUUGCAGACAAGAACCGUUUGGAGCUAGCAGAAAAGGCAAAAAAGGCUAAGGAAGAGAGCGAUCGUAGAGCUGAACUGGUUCGUGCUAAUAAGGAGCGACUUAUGGCUGCUGAGAAGCAUGAAACUGCCUCGUCUGGUUAAGUGUUUCAAUACCUCUCCAACCCUCCCACCCACCCAUUCGGCUCAAGGAACCCACUAGGCUACUACUAAUAAUCAUUCACCAAAGAGCUAAUAAGCAACAUAAUUAACAUCCUAGUGGGAUCAGUCUCAUUUUCAGGCUGAAGGCAUUUUGCCUUGAGAAAGUUGAGCUUUGGCCGAUUAUACCAUUAUUGUCCCUGCCCAUCCAUUCACAAUCCUAGUGUUGCCUAUUUUGUGUAGAUACUGGGAAAUCCCCCACCCCCACCCCUCCUGCCCUCUCGUCCAUUGCUCUGAAGUGUAGCAAUUUUAAACCUCAAGUCUCGCCCUCUGGGAGAAUGGUGGUUAGUGUUGUCUUCAGAUUUCUCGCAGAUUUGAUGUUCACCUUGAAGCUAAUCGUCCCAUAUCUAAUUUGCCUUCUAAAGUAGAUUCCUAAUGAAUCUGCUAUGCCACAUGCAGUGAUGUUAGCUUGUACAUGAUGCCUGUGCUCAGCUUGAACAUGUCUUGAUAUCUACUGCAGGGUCAAGCGUGAUAGGUAAUGUUAAGGUUAAUGAAUAUUUAGAUAAUGCCUCUUACUGCCAAUUUUAUAAUUUUGGAAGUGUCUGUCACAGGUUUGAUAAUUUUGACAGUGCACUGACAAACAGAAGUAGGCAUUAAUGUAGAAAAUAUAAUUCAUGAUUCAUAAUGUGUUUAGGGUGCUGGAUGAGUGGGUGAAUAUGGUGAAUGGAGGUGUUCUGUUAAUUAAGCCCCAUAACAAUUGAAGUAGUUGCCCCAGGAUAAGAGAUACUCCCUCCCCCAACCCUUACCCCCCAAUAUACUUCUUCCCAAACCCUGUCCACACUGCCUUCUGCUGUCUCGUGUUUUGCGGCAAUCACAUUCUUAGCGCCUCUUGCAAUAGUCAAAUUACUGUACAUCAGUGUCCUUGACUUUCCAACUGUUUCUAAUAUCCAGUGAUAUUCUCAAUUAAACAUUUAAUAUAAGUCUUGUGAUCUGUCUUUAGUUUAAGGAUUUUUCUAGCCUAGAUUGAAAUUGAAAUCUGUAUUCUCAGACUGCCUUGUAUCAUUAGGAAUACAGAUUUUGGUUUUCAUCUUUGUACAUUAUGUAAAGAGAUUUUUUUAAUUAGUUCAAAUGAAUCAAAUUUGAAUGCUUUAGCAACCCUUUACUUUGAAUUUUUUCUAUACGGAAUGUAUGUAGCAAAAGUUUAAUUAGUUACAGCACCACUUAUGUAUACUUAUUUGAGUACUAGUGUUCUAAAAAGAAAUCCUUUGUUACUUGCCAAAAUAAAUUAUACAGAAAUUAUAACUAUUUUUUUUAUUCAGUUACUUUAGGUUCAAGAAAUAAGUUUUGACUUGGUCAGUAUGAACUUCUAUUAAUGGCUAAGCAUCUACAGAGUAAUGCUAGGUAUUUUAUGGAAUUUUCAUAUUCAUUGCCACACAGUAAGUACCAUAAAUAAUUUUUUGAAAAGUCAGACUGGGAGCCCUUUGAGCUUCUAGGUUCUUUGUACAGAAGAUUUCUGUGC